CUAGACCCUUGGUCAAAUUCGUCGACUUCCAUGGCUGAGCCAUCAUCAGCCAACUGGGUCGAAGGAGUGGUUUCAAAGAGGGUUUUGUUGUCGUUGUUCAUAGUGGUGUAUGAAGGUGGAGGAUGUUUGAAGACUUUUGUGUGUGUAUAUGUGUGUGUGUAUGGAUGGAUAACUUCACUUAAAAAAAUGAGAUAUUU